AUGGGGAAGCGGGACAACCGGGUGGCCUAUAUGAACCCAAUAGCAAUGGCCAGAUCAAGGGGUCCAGUCCAGUCUUCAGGGCCAACAAUCCAAGAUUAUCUGAAUCGACCAAGGCCUACCUGGGAAGAAGUGAAAGAACAACUAGAAAAGAAAAAGAAAGGCUCCAAGGCAUUGGCUGAAUUUGAAGAAAAAAUGAAUGAGAACUGGAAGAAAGAACUAGAAAAACACAGGGAGAAAUUACUAAGUGGAAAUGAGAGCUCGUCCAAAAAAAGACAGAGAAAGAAAAAAGAAAAGAAGAAAUCUGGUAGGUAUUCAUCUUCUUCUUCAUCAAGCUCUGAUUCUUCCAGCAGUUCUUCAGAUUCUGAAGAUGAGGAUAAGAAACAAGGAAAAAGGAAAAAGAAAAAAAAGAACCGUUCACAUAAAUCUUCUGAAAGCUCCAUGUCAGAGACUGAAUCAGACAGUAAGGAUAGUUUAAAAAAGAAAAAGAAGUCAAAGGAUGCAAGUGAGAAAGAAAAGGACAUUAAGGGGCUCAGCAAAAAGAGAAAGAUGUAUCCUGAAGAUAAACCUUCAUCAUCUGAGUCUUUGUCAGAGUCAGAUUAUAUUGAGGAGGUACGGGCAAAAAAGAAGAAAAGCAGUGAAGACAGAGAAAAAGCAACAGAAAAGACAAAAAAGAAAAAGAAACAUAAGAAACACAGUAAGAAAAAGAAAAAGAAGGCUGCUAGUUCAAGUCCUGACUCACCGUGA